UCUGCUGUAGCAGUUCAUUCGGUCCGUGUGAACUUGGAAAAUGCCAGUUCCAUGUUGGGAUUGCUUUCAAAUGAGUUUUUCAGGAGAUUCCAAUUCACUUCUCUUUAAAAUCCCAUCACAGUUGUAUUCAAAAUCCCAUAAAAAACUAGUACGAAGAUGGCGAACAUGGUCGAAACCACGUCGGCUUGGAACACGACGGGCCUGCACGUUCACCGGAAAUCCUUGCUACACAUGAGUUUCUAUUGGGGUCAUAAAUCCGAAAUCCUUUUCUCAGGUUGGCCCGGUUGUAAUUCGGGCAUGUACGCAUUAGCCUUGAUCUUGGUAUUUGCACUAGCCAUGGUCGUGGAAUGGCUCUCUUAUUGCAGCAUCAUCAAGCCCGGAGCUAAUAAAGUCGCCGCCGGGUUCUUCCAGACAGCGAUGCACACAGUGCGAGCCGGGUUGAGUUACAUGGUGAUGUUGGCUGUCAUGUCGUUUAACGGCGGAGUCUUUCUUGCUGCCGUUUUCGGACAUGCGAUCGGGUUCUUGGUUUUCGGGAGUAAAGCUUUUAGAAAAGCUGAAAAAGUGCCUGACCUUCCUCCUAGGAAGUAGGGAAACGAAAUGAUAAGUUUAUUUUCGAGUGUGUUUUAUGGUUCAUGUUUCGGAUUCGUUACGGAUUGUAUAAGUUUCACUUUGAGUUGAUAGGUUAAGGGCAUAAGAUAUCUUAAAUUUUGAGUUUUGCACUCGCAUUUAUUAAAUAAAGUAUUAUUUUUUAAAA